UGACGGGUGGAGAGCCAAGAUGGCUGUGGCGGAGGUGCAGCAGCUUCAAAGCCGCCUCGAUGCCUUGGAGGAGCGGAUGUUCGGGGCCCCCGCAGGAGCCGCGUCUGCGGGGGGCACCCGGAAAAUAGCAGAUGGCUUAGGCAAAGUUCAAGGUGCCUUGGGAAACAUUGCAAGCAAAAGGGAGAGAGUUAAAAUUCUCUUCAAAAAAAUUGAAGACAUCCUAAAAUACCUGGAUCCUCAGUACAUUGAUCGAAUGGCUGUGCCAGAUGCCAUGAAGCUACAGUUCAUCUUGGCAGAAGAACAAUCCAUCGUAGCCCAAGCAGCACUUCUGGAACAGGUGAAGAGCCUGCAGCCCUAUUUGGACAGCGCGCAUAUCAAAG